GCUCAACCGCUCCUCGCCAUCAUUCUCCUCCCACACGCCACCUACGAGGCUCACAUCACUCUCGCCUCCCUACACAUAUCACACCCCCUAUCUGCUGCUCCUCACUGCAUUCUGCAGCGGCUGCAACCUCUUCUUCUCACGCCCGACGAAAGCUCGUAAUACAAGCCGCCUCCACUCCCCACUGGGACCGACCCCGCUAUGGAGGGUGACCCGCCCCAGGAGGAGGACUUUUCUCAGAUCCCCCUUGUCGAGCGGAGUACACAUAAGAACUGGAAGGCCCGGUUGAGUGCAUACAACGAUGUCAUCGCGCAGUCAGCCAAGACCGCUUCGGACAGCGACCCGUUCUUCCGCCCCUACAUCUCCGACCCCGCUCUCCUCAAGAAAUGGUGCCUUGACGCAAACGCCAUCGCGCAGGAGAAGGGCGUUGAGGCGACGCUGGCUAUUGUGACCAACAGCGGCGAAACCAGCGUCAAGCUUCGCCCGGAGAUUGUGCCCGCGCUCGUAGAGAAAGCGCUCGGCAACACGCGCGCAGGUACCAAGCGCAAGGGCAUGGACCUUUGCGCCAUGUUUGUCGAGGUCGAGAACGGUGGCGAAGGCGUGGUCACGGACGUCAUGGCUGGGUUGAGUGCGAAGACACCUAAAGCUGUUGCGGGAGCCGUUGGCACUCUGAAGGAGCUCGUUGAGUCGUUUGGCGUGCAGGCGUUGGGGAACGUAAAGCCAUUACUCAAGGCGCUCCCGAAGAUCUUUGGACACAAUGACAAGAAUGUCCGUGCGGAGGGAACGAGCCUGACGCUUGCGCUGUACACCUAUCUCGGCCCCGCGCUCAAGCCCGCUCUCGCCGACCUGAAGCCCGUACAGGUCUCGGAUCUUGAGAAGGCAUUCGAGGGGUUGGAUAGCCAAGGCAAGGGCGCGGGCACUGGAAAGCCGAGCCGAUUCACUCGCAAAGCCCAGCGCGAGCGAGAGAUGGCUGAGGCUGCCGGUGAUGAGCCAGAGGACGAGGUCGCAGAAGAGGUGGCAAUCGACCCCCUAUCACUGCUCGACCCUGUCAAUGUGCUGGAGCUGUUCCCCGCCGAUGUGAUGGAGCGACUAGCCUCGAGUAAAUGGAAGGACAGGCUGGAGGCCGUCGAGGAGUGCAACAAAGUGCUCGCGGAGCCGCGCAACGCCCGCAUAUCGGACUCCAACGCAGAUGCGUAUGGGCCGCUGGUGCAGCUCCUCGGUACAAAGUGCCACAAGGACGCCAACGUCAACGUCGUGAUGGAAGCAGCGAAGCUGCUUGAGGGGCUCGCGCGCGGCCUCAAGAAGAGCUUCGGGCGUUACAAGAGUGUCACGGUAACUGGGUUGCUAGAACGAUUGAAGGAGCGUAAGGCAGCCGUAGUCGAAGCGCUCGGCAAGGCGCUGGACGCGAUUUUCUUGACGACUUCCCUCCCUGACGUCACGGAAGACAUCCUCACGGCGCUCAAGUCUAAGAACCCGCAGGUGAAGCAGGGCACGCUCGAAUUUCUUCAUCGCAGUCUCAAGGUUACGACUGAGCCGCCGGCCAAGGACCACAUCAAGCCGAUGGCAGAGCAGCUCGUCGCCCUCCUUAGCGACAGUGCAGAGCCCGUUCGCACUGCCGCAGCGGAGUGUCUCGGCACGAUGAUGAAGAUUCUCGGCGAGCGCGUGUUCAAUCCUUACAUCGAAAAUGUUCCUGAAAUUCAGCUUGCGAAGGUCAAGGACGCAUUUGGGCGGGCCGAGAUCAAGUACCGUCCUGGAGGCGUCAAGAAGUCCGCUGCAAAGCCGGUAGCCAAGGCGCCAGCCAAGCCCGCGCCCAUCAAGAAGCCAGCACCGCCAGCGUCGCCUCCAAAAUCGGCUGGAAAGCUGAACGGUGGGGACGAUGAUCUGUUGGAGGAGUUUGCUGCGCCACCAGCCAAAAAGCCACCAGCAAAGUUCCUGGCGCGUAUGAAAGCUGCCGCUUCACCGUCGUCGUCGCCUCCGCCGGAGAAGGCUGUGGAUUCGGAGGAGCUGUUGCAGGACUUUGCGGCGCCGCCUCCGAAAAAGAAGCCACCUGCACGCCUGCUCGCGCGCAUGCAGGCGAGCGGCCCUGCCUCGGAGGAGUCACCUCCUCAAUCGCCGGUCAAGCCGCCUGCAUCACCACUGCCUAAGGCGGCGCCAGUACGCAAGGCUCCGCCUCCAGCCGCUAAACUGCCACCGAAGGCAGCCUCUCCCCCUGCAGCCGCGGGACCGUCCAAGCCAGCUGCCAAGGGCGCGACUAAGACGUUGGCGUCGUCGCCAUCUGAGCCAGUCAAGUACCGUUACACGCCUGAAGAUGCUGCGGCGCGCGCGGCUGAGCUGGUGCCUGCCAACUUCCACACUGCGCUUGCAGAUGGCGCAUGGAAAGUUCGUCUGGAGGGCGCGGACGAGAUGGUCUCGUGGGUCAACGAUGGCGGUGCGGAGCAGGUGGACAGCGAAAUCAUGAUGCGCUUCCUGGGCAAGACGCCGGGAUGGGGCGAGAAGAACUUCCAGGUUUCCGCCAAGGUGUUCGAGGUGAUCAGAUUAUUUGCCGAGAAGAGCCCAUCAUUCGGAAAGCCGGCAGCGGCUCUCGUUAUUCCUGCAUUGACUGAGAAGCUGGGUGAUCUGAAGCUUAAGAAGCCAGCCGGCGACGCCCUCGGCGUCAUUGCUGAGAAAAUUUCACUCGCGUUCGUCCUGGCACAGAGCUAUGAGCCACUCAGCAAGCAGAAGGCGCCAAAAGCUCAAGCCGACGCGCUCACAUGGAUGAAGCAGCAGGUGAUCGACUUCGGUAUCGGGGGUAUUCCCAUGCGAGAGCUCAUCUCGUUCAUCAAGACAGCGCUUGGGCACGCGAACGCGCUUGUUCGUUCAAGUGCUACGCAACUGCUUGUGCAGGUCAAGAUCGGCGUGGGCGCUGACAUUUCUGGUUUCCUCGAAGAUCUGAACCCGACCCUGCUCAGUACAAUCAACAAGGAGUUCGAUAAGGUUGCAUCGCAGACCGCGCCGGAGCCCACUCGUGAACAGGCAGAUUUGCGCGAGGUUGCCGCUGGCCCGGGCAAGAGUGGCAAGGGCGGAGCAGACCCGCUCGAUGACCUCAUUCCCCGAGUCGAUCUCGACAAGCUUGUCGCUCAGACGAGCGUUAUUUCCGACUCGAAGAGCGAUGCGUGGAAGGUCCGCAAGGAGGCGUUUGAGGCACUCGCCGCUCUCUUGGAGGUUAAGUCGAACCAGCGGCUCAAGCCAAAUAUGGGCGAGAUCGGCAAUGUACUGAAACGGGCCAUGACGGACACAAAUCUUUCGGUCAAGAUGCUGGCGCUUGGAAUAACGGCCAAGAUCGCAACCGGCAUCGGCGCACCCUUCGAGAAGUACUGCCGCUUGCUCGUUCAGGCUGUGGCAACCGUGUGCGCGGAUCAGAAGGCUACCACCCGCACCGCUGCUGUGGCGACCCUUUCUGCGAUGGCCGACGCCAUUGGCUCCUUAGACCCGAUGUACACGGGUCUUGCGGCGUCCUUGGAAUCAACAAAUCCGGCUCUUCGUGCUGCUGUCUUGGGUUGGAUCGCCGAGCGCCUGAUUGCUGAGGCACCAGGCCGCGGCGCCGACCUUGCCUGCCUCGCCGCGCCUGUCAUCUCGUGUCUCGAGGACCGUAACGGUGAGGUUCGUAAGGCCGCUGGCACAGUUCUACCCUUUGUCGUCGCCAACGCGGGCGUUGACUUUGUGAUGGAUCAGACUUCUGGUCUCAAGCCCGCUUCCCGAUCUACAAUUUUGCCUCUCAUCCAGAAUGCCCGAGGCGCCGGCGAUUCGGCCAAAGUGGCAGCGGAGCCUCCGGCAGCGCCUAAGGCUGCUCCUACUCGUGCAGCGUCCAUCAAGACGCCAGCGAAGGCGGCCGCGACAAAGGCUGCCUCAACUCCCGCCCGCCCUGCAUCUAUUAUUGGCAGGCCGGGGAUCGCUGCGCCGGGGCGCUCUAUUGCAAUGAAAGCCCUUGCGUCUGGAACAUCAACACGGCCAGGAUCCGCCAUGUCUGAUGCGUCUGGGGGUGGCUUCGGGCUCAAGCGGCCGACGAUUGCUCGCGCCACACCGCCAACUCCCGCACCGCCACCGCCGCAGGAGGAAACUGGCCGGACCAUCCCCUUUACCGCCUCUGAUCCCAACUCUCGGGCACAGCGGCUGAAGCGUGACGCCUCGCGAUGGUCGCUCGAUCCCAGCAAUCGUGCAGACACCCUCGAGUAUCUCCUCCAGCAAAUGGAGCCAGCAACGAGCAGCGACAUUUGCCACCUCAUGUUCAGCAAGGACCACCGUGCUGAGGAGGAUUUCAUGACUGCACUGGCGGUGAUCGCUGAGUUCUUCGACCCCGAGACCUCAGAUAGCUUCGGGCUGCAUGAGGACGACUUACGCGCAAUCCAGUCUGCCAACGUCGACCUUGCCCUCAAGUAUGCCGCAAUUCGGUUGUUGUCCAACAACACGCAGUUGAGCGCGCGGUGCCUGGAGGUUUUCUCCAACGUGCUCGACGGUCUCACGCGGGAUGGCGCGCGGCUCAGUGAGACCGAGGUCCGCCUGUUUGUGCCCGCACUCGUUAUGAAACUCGGUGAUCCGAAGUUUGGUCCGCGCCUUGCUCCUAUCUUCGAGGGGCUCGACAAGCUCAUCCCCGCCAGCCAGGUCGUCCAGUUGCUUGUACAGUACGGGCUGGAGGACAAGGCGGCAGGCAAGACAGGCAGGAACGAGUCACUCAGCCUCAUUGAGAAGGCAUACCGCAAACGUGGCAGCGUGCUACGCUAUGACAACCGUGGGUUCUACGAGGUCGUGGCCCGGUGUAUCCAGGACCAGGGUACACGACAAGCGGCAUUGGCGCUCAUGGCCCUACUGCAGCUGCAGGGCGAGUCGCGAACGUUGCAGUCGGUGAUCGAUGGCCUGCCCACAUCAGCCAAGGACAUGCUCGCAAAUCGUCGCGCCACGCUUGCAGCAGCCAAGGCCAACAGCGCUGGCAUGGCGCGGAUCACUUCUGACGCUGGUGCGUCGUCGAGAUCUGCUUCCCCUGUGCCUACCCCGUCCAAAAUCCCCGGACAUGGCUCGCCCGCUUCAAGACGUUCCCGCGACAUGACAUCGCAGCGCGCGAGCGCUGCAUCGCCUGUCGGAGGACGACCGGCGUCGCGCGGCAUUCCGACAACGUCAAGAUUGGCACAGCCGUCAGCCGUCCGCACUAUACAGCCUCCGUCAGGAAUGCAGCCGCCGUCUGCCAUCGCUCGCCCUGGGUCACAGGCCCGGCGUGCGGCUCCACAGGCUGAGGAAGAAGCGCGCCGUCCUGUCGCUGCCGCCCGCCCGUCCAUGAUGCCCUUGGCUUCCGCCCCGGCACCUUCGGCGUCCCUGGUUGCCGAGCUCAUUGAAGCGAUCCGUACAGAAGACCCCGACGACGCUGCCGACGCGCUCAAGGAGACAGCGGCCUUGAUUGAGGAAGACGGCACUUCGUUCGUGGCUGAGCUCGAUCAGCUCCUGGACGCGUUGUGUUGGCAGUUCGACCAACGCGGGGCGGAUAUGGUUGUGCUGCUUGAGCCGAACAACCUUCGUUGCGUCAAGCACUUGAUGCGCACGAUCUACGCGGCCUAUGGGCGCCCCAACAUCGUCAAAAGGUUGAAGAUUGAUCAGAUCAGGAGGCUUUUUGCCGGGAUCAGGCGGCAAUACGCAAGCCUCGAGGUGUGGGUCGAGCAGGAGGGCGAGGAGUCCCAGGCCGCUACCGAACUGCGCGACUACCUGUCAAUGGUGCUAAGCGCAAUGAUUGCCACGCCAACACGCGCAGUGGUCUAUACCAUGCUCUUCGAUGGGCUGGCUACGCUGUGCAAAGAUCAACGAGAGGGAGACACGGACAAGCAUGCAGCGAGCGAGAUUGGCGUCAUCCUUCAGUGCACAUACAAGCGUGUUCGGUCUGUCGACAAUGAUUUGCGCACAUCUCGGCUUAAAGCUGGGACGCUACUUGCCAUUAUCGAGAACCUGCUGCAAGUCAUUCCGCCUUCACAGUGGCGCCGCAGGCCACAGCAGGGCUUGCCCCACGGUGACCUACCGUUGCGAGUCCUCAAGACGUUGCUUCAGCGGGUGAUUGUAUACACGAAGGAGGCCGACAUUGGCAUCUACGACCUUUUGCAGGAACAGUUCGACACCAAGGCCGAUACGACAACGGUAUACUCCUAUAUCUUCCGUAUUUCCUCAGGAGAUGACGGGGCACCCACACCCCCAGCGACAGCACCAGCACUCGAGGCCCCUCAGCCUGUACGGAGGCGAUCGAAUGGCACGUCUGAGCGUCCUGUGUCUAUCUCCUCGGCCGGCACGCGCUCUUCUAUGGGCCACGAUGGUCUCGCGCCUCCUGCGCAGAAAAGUCCGUCGCGCGACGUGUCUGAAGCCGAGCGCAUCGUGCGUCGCCUCACGGACCCACGGGACAGCGAGCAACGCCUCAACGAACUGCACGCGUUCAUGAAGGCGAGUGACAGCAACGAAACGGAGGCGCGAGCAGCCAUCUCAGCGAUUCUGAACCCUGCGGCGCAAACCUUCGUCUGGAGGGCGUUGGACAGGCGGUCUGAAGCAGUUGAGCCCCGCUCCCCUGCUUCCACCUCGCCUUCCAAGAACGCUCGCGACCUCCCCUCCCCUCCUCUGGCCGGGUUGCCUGCUGGUCUGGGAUCGCGGCGCAUCAGCGGACUAGGCGCCCCAAGCCCCGGCUCGGGCGUCUCCUCGGCAACCAGCAGCGCGAGCACGCCAUCAGGCGCGCGCCCCACGAGCAUGAUCGACCGCAGUGCGCCUGUCGACGAUCAGCUCGCGCAGCUUAAGGCGGUCUUCGGCCGCGCGACGAGUAGACACUCGGGCGGGACGCCGACCAAGUCCCCCACGAGACCCAUGUCGGAGAUUGAGACGACUCCGACACGACCUGCGCCGCCGAAACCCAUGUUUGACAUUGAUGCGACUCCGCGGCCUGCGAUGCCGAGACCCAUGAGCGAGUUCCAGCCGCGCGGGGAGAUGUAAUCUAGACACGCGGUUAUGUAAUUGUAUCGUUGCAUGGAUUGCAUUGUCUGA